UUUUGUUAUGGUUUCGUCAAUAAAAUUUUAUAAAUUGUCUCAUUAUUAUCAAUUCUUUCAGAUCACAAAGACUAUGGCAAGUAAAAUGGAAUCUCUCGAAAGGUUGAGUAAGAACACCCUGGAUUAUAUCCCUCCAGUACUAGUAUACAACCUUGAUAAAGAAACCUUGUAUCGGAAACUGAAGGCUAUAUUACCUGUUGAUCUUGAUUGGCUCAACCUGGAGGAAGCAUGGACAAGCUUUUUCGAGUCAGAACUCGAGCCCUGCGGUUGGAUGGGAGUUUGGAUUCCUUCUUUCGAGUCUGCUGAGUGCCACGGUGUUCCUGGAGGACGAGAUGGAGCUUGUGUUGUUGAUGUUCUUGAUGUAGAUCUUAAUCAGUUGUCUGCAGAGGUUGAAGUUUUGAGAAGUCCUGAAGAUUUCACUAAAUCUGAAAUAAGUGUACAUUUAAAAGAGCUUUACCCCCUGGCCCACCAAGAGAAUGAACAUCUUAAUAUACAGAGGACUGCUGAAGCAUUAGAGGUCUACAGAUUCUUCUACAAGUAUUUGUGGAGGCCCUGGGAUGUUGGAACCCAUGUAGAGAACUGGACAGAAUCAACUCUCAAGAAUAGAAUUGAUCUUACAUUUGAUCUCAUUCUUCAAACCGGAAACUGUGGAAUAGCACAGAGGUUAGAAAAGCUAGCCAGUGAGGCCAAGGAAACUAUAGCAGAGUUAACUGUUCUAGAGGAAUCUGCUGCAGCAUUUAAUCAAGAUGAGGAUGAUGUUACUGAUGAUGAUCAGACGGAUGGGAUUGAUUUGGACCUGGCCGGACAGAUAGCAAGCUUACAUCUCAAGACAGAGGAAAUUAAGAGAGAGGCUGAACUUCUUGAGGAUCCUGUUCUUAGACAGGUGCUGAGUUCUAGUGAGCAGAGGAAGAGAAGGGAGGAGAGGACAGAUAACCGUCCAGCUGUUAUUAUAGUCUGGAAAAACGGAUCCAUCAAGGAGUUAGGAGAAGUUCUAAGAAAUAUCGCGGAAUCAAAUCCACCAGAUACUCCUGUACACGUAGUUUCUAAUGUACAGCACGGAGCGGACAUAUUAGUACAAGGAGAUACAUUACACAUUCCGGUUCCAGGGGUACAUAAGUUGUCAGGGAUAAGCAAUCUUCCCUCCGGAGUUAAAAUCCAGGGCGGACAAUCUCUUCAAUCCUCCGCCUCACUUGUAAAUAAAUCCGCCGCUCUAGAAGAUACUACUCUUGGGCAGUCCGGCUUCUCGGAGAUUUCGGGAGUCGAAGAAUUACAAUCUACCGUGAAAAGUGAGACCUUUGGCGGAUGUAUGAAAGAAUCUUCAAGCAUUUUUGAGGACUUCGGCGGAUUAUCCUCUAAAAAUGGCGGAGAGUUCUCAGAAAACCCUUGUGUUCUUAGUCCGGAUAAUGUUGGAGAUACAUUACUAGGGGUUGAUGAGGACCUGGAGUUAAGAGACCUUGUCCUUGACCUACCUUCUUCUCUUAGCAUAGGUAACAGUAACUAG